CAGCGGAUCUUUUAACCAUUAAUGAUUCAUUAUGUGAAGACCACAGCCUCCCCGGGGGAGAGAACAACUAUCGCCUCCACAUGAGGCUCAGGGAUAAAGCCACUGCUACUGCAGCCCGUCCGCUGGUUUUACGGGGACUCAUCGCGUCCGCAGGGCAGAUGAGUCAGAGAACCUCACGGUGGUCAGCACCGUGGAGCUGUCCGUGGUUUUGAAUCCUCUUGACGCAAGACGAGAGGCUUCUUGGGCGCCUAAGAGCACUCUCUGAUGUUCUCAAGCGAGUCAUCUGAAGGGGGCAAUUAGACUUAACUGAAGAUAAGGAAAUAACUUUUGCCAGUUGCCUCUCGGGAUGCUUCCUGCUCAAGAAGCGGCCAAGAUCUACCACACCAACUACGUGCGCAACGCCCGGGCCAUGGGCGUCAUGUGGCAGGUGUUCACCGUCACCUUCGCGGUCAUCAUGGUGGUGGUGUUCAUCCAGCCCUACUGGAUCGGGGACAGCGUGAACACGCCGCAGGCGGGCUACUUCGGCCUGUUUCACUACUGCAUCGGGAACGCGCUCACCUCGGAGCUCACCUGCAAAGGGAGCGCGCUGGACUUCGGCUCCAUCCCGUCCGGGGCCUUCAAGACGGCCAUGUUCUUCGUGGGGAUCUCCAUGCUGCUGAUCGUGGGGAGCAUCGUCUGCUUCAGUCUCUUCUUCUUCUGCAACGCCGGGAGCGUCUACAAGAUCUGCGCCUGGACGCAGCUGGCCUCCAGUACGUGCAUGGUGAUCGGCUGCAUGAUCUAUCCCGACGGCUGGGACUCGGAGGAAGUGAAGCGCAUGUGUGGCCAGCGGACUGACAAAUACACCCUGGCCUGGGCAGCCGGCAGGACAAGCUGCUGCCCGAGGACUUCCAGGUUGAGGAGAAGGAUCAUGCAUAGAUCCCCGGUGAACACAAUGAGGAGAUGCAACCAACUCAACACUGAAAUAAACUCCCAAGAGUUUACCGGCAGCCUCGGCAAAAAGCCUUCAUGUCCUUCCAGAAACGACUCGGACAGAGCGAAGGUGUUCCACUGACCUCUGGCUUCAGUAUAGACCUGCUUAGUAUUAUGGACUUCAACCAAGAAGUUUACUUUUGACAGAAAAUUUGGUCAUAAUCUCUCAAAAGUUUAACCAGACAAUGCAAUUGACUAUCCUCUAUAAAUAUUUAAUGACAUUAAAUUGAUCAAACCGUUCUUAUAA